ACAGCGGAAGUGGGGCGGAAGAGGAGCUGAGCGAGCUCCGGUGUACAUGUCUAUAAUUUUUUUCCUCUGUUUAUUAUGUCAAGUAAAUCCGUCUUCAUCCUUUUUUAAACGCUUCUUUUUUUAAAAGAAAAUAUCCGGAGCAUAAAUUUGACACUUCAGGCUUCAGGUCGAGCUUGAUAUUGUGAUCGUGCGACGCUCGGAAUGUUAGAAAACAAAUGGUGAAAAAGCUGGGGUAAUUAUUGAAGGGGAAUUAGCUUUAGCGUUAGCAUUAGCAUUAGCACAGCUGUGAAGCCUGGAGAGUGACUCGAGCUCGGAAGAGAGAGAGACAGAGAGGAUAUAGGCUUCGAGUAUUUAUUUUUUUAAACAUAGUUUUAUCGAUAUAGUUACACACACUCCUUUAUUUUCUCUUGGUAAAGCUAGCUAUUUUGCUAGCUUUGUAAUUUAGUUUUGUUGUUGUUUUACGAUGGAAUUGAGAGUCGGGAACAGAUACAGGCUCGGGAGGAAAAUCGGCUCGGGCUCUUUUGGAGACAUUUACUUAGGCACGGACAUCACGGUCGGAGAAGAAGUCGCCAUCAAGCUAGAAUGCGUGAAGACGAAACAUCCUCAGCUGCACAUCGAGAGCAAAAUCUACAAGAUGAUGCAAGGAGGAGUGGGAAUCCCGACGAUUAAGUGGUGUGGAGCUGAAGGAGAUUACAACGUGAUGGUGAUGGAGCUCCUCGGCCCGAGUCUGGAGGAUCUGUUCAACUUCUGCUCCCGUAAAUUCAGCCUCAAGACUGUUCUACUGCUGGCUGACCAGAUGAUCAGCCGUAUCGAGUACAUCCACUCGAAAAACUUCAUCCAUAGAGACGUGAAGCCCGAUAACUUCCUGAUGGGACUGGGGAAGAAAGGCAACCUCGUUUACAUCAUCGACUUCGGCCUGGCCAAGAAGUACAGAGACGCCCGGACACACCAGCACAUACCGUACAGAGAGAACAAGAACCUGACUGGCACGGCCCGCUACGCCUCCAUCAACACACAUCUGGGCAUAGAGCAGAGCAGAAGAGACGAUCUGGAGUCGCUCGGCUACGUCCUCAUGUACUUCAACCUCGGCUCUCUGCCCUGGCAAGGGCUAAAAGCUGCGACCAAGAGGCAGAAAUACGAACGCAUCAGCGAGAAGAAAAUGUCCACGCCUAUCGAAGUGCUGUGCAAAGGAUACCCGUCCGAGUUUGCGACGUACCUCAACUUCUGCCGCUCCUUACGCUUCGACGACAAGCCCGACUACUCCUACCUGCGACAGCUCUUCAGGAACCUCUUCCACAGACAGGGAUUCUCCUACGACUACGUGUUCGACUGGAACAUGCUGAAAUUCGGAGCGAACAGAGCAGCGGAGGACGCCGAGAGGGAGCGGAGGGAUCGAGAGGAGCGUUUGAGACACGGCAGGAAUCCGGCAGCCAGAGGAAUGCCGUCAGCCUCAAGCAGACCCAGAGGGACACAGGAUGUAGCCCCGCCCGCUCCACUCACACCCACCUCGCACACGGGAAUGGAGCGUGAGAGGAAGGUCAGCAUGCGGUUACACCGCGGCGCUCCGGUGAACAUCUCCUCUUCUGACCUGACCGGCCGACAGGACACCUCACGAAUGUCCACGUCACAGGCUCUGUCCCGCGUCACUCCGAGCGGCCUGCAGUCUGCUGUUCCUCGAUGAGCGUCUGCGCAGCCGCAGUCACCCUUGAGCAAAACAAAGCCACACAGACUCGACUUUUUCUUUUCUUUUUCCUCAACACACUAACACGGUCACUGAGGGAGACGGAGACGUACACACCCCUCUCUCUGUCUGUCUCUCUCUCUCAUCUCUCUCUCUCUCACGCGCAGUCACACUGGAAAUCAAACAGCUGAGGCACGUGGUCUCAACACACUUCACUCUGAUCUACAAAGACCUCUGGAGUGGGUGGGGCUUUGACACAAGGGGGAGGGUUAAGAUGUUUCUCUGCCUGUCAGAGGUGCAGUGGGCGGAGCAUCGCAAGCAGUGCAAAAAAUAAAACUCCUCCCCUGAGCUUCAGAUGGAGCUGUACUCUUACUGAUAGCCAUCGAUCAUGUGUUCCUCUGAACUUUUUUUUUUUUUUUAAAUCCUUUUUUCUUUCCCUCUGGUUUAUUAACAAAUAUUAAACUCGGUUUUCACCAGCUGCGGGUGUGCUGAUUCAUGGGAGAUUAUGUCUGAAAAGUUCUUGCAAAAAAAAAAAAAAUCCAGGUGGAUGAAAGUGCAGUUAGAUGAGAGAGAGUGUUAAUGUGUUUUUUUUUUUUUGGACUUGUUUUUGGGACUUUUAGAUCUGAUCUGUUGUGGGGAGUAACCAGCGUUUUUGACAUUUUGCAGAUUAUUAUUAGUUGUGCGGCGUUUGGGGGGAGAAAUGGGGUUGGAUCACAGCCGCACCGGAAGUCUUUUUUUUUUUUUUUUCCCCCCCUCUCAUGUCCUCCUCCCCUCCUGCAUUCCCAGAAGCUGUGAAGUUCAUGUUGCUGCAGUUGUGUCUCUCUCUCUCAUGGACAUGAGAGGUUUGGGCUUUGUGUCCGUGUGUUUUUUUUUUUUUUUUUUUUCUGUAUUAAAGGACUAGAGCAUGUUGAUUUUGUUGUUCUUUGGAUGGUGUAAUGAUGCAAGAGUCCGGCAGGAUCAAAUACGAUGGUGAUGGAAUGAAGGUGAUCUUCGAGAGGAACGGUUGUCUGUGCCCUUUAAUUUUUUUUUUUUUUUAAACUUCUUGAAUUUUAUUUGCUGAACAUUACCCAGGCUUUUAGAGUGAAUCAAUCUUUGCUGAUGCGUGGAGUUGUUGAAGAAGCAAACACGAUGACGGCUCUUCAGCGUAGUCGAGUGUUUAGGCGUGUCUCUGAGGGGAGGAAGGGCAUUCUGUUGUGUGUAGGAUGUGUAGACUGUGAGGUACUUUUUUUUUUUUGGGGGGGGAGGGUUCCCACCCUCUGUAGCCUCUUGUUCAUGUGUGUAUGUGGCAGGCUGUAGUGUUUAGAGGGAUGAUGAGGACUUUGUCUUUACUACAAUUCACAAGCGGCUGGUGCAAGUGAGAGCACACUUUUUGGGAUCGAGUGAUUCUGGGUUGUUUUUUUCUCCUGACUUGACUGAUUUCAUCACCCAAGCUCCACACUGUGCUGUAUCCAAUGGAAUGAUGGGAAUCUUCCUGCUUGGGAAGGUUUUUUUUUUUUCUUUCAUUUGUAUUGCCACUGUAUUUGUGUAUUUUAAAUUGUGUAAAUAAAUUAAUAAGUACUUGUA